AUCACGUCACGUGUGUUUGUUUGUAGUGGACGGGAUGUGUGACUUGAAAUAUGAUUUGCUUUGACGUGUAUACAUUUAUUUGGUUUGUAUGACACCUUUGAUAGUUAGGUUAUAUUGUGUAUAUGAAGUAAAAUGCGCUCGGUGAGUUACGUUCAGAGAGUUAGUUUAGGCUUCACAGGAACACUUUUUCCUCACGCUAUUUGUCUUGGAGAUGCAGAUAACGACUCAUUGAAUGAGCUGGUAGUGGGAGAUGCCAAUGGGAAACUAUAUAUCUAUAAAAACGAUGAUCCUAAGCCCUGGAUAACACGAACAUGUGUGGGCAUGUUAACAUGUGUCGGAGUGGGAGAUGUUUGCAACAAAGGAAGGAAUUUUGUUGUGGCUGUGGGUGCAGAGGGCUGGUUUCACCUCUUCGAUAUCAGUUCUUCUCCGGCCAAGUCGGAUUCAUCGAGCCAGCAGGACGGUUUGAUUGGAGACGAGCAGAAGCCUAGUUUUACCCAGCACAUUCCUGCCAAUACCAAAGUGAUGCUGAUCAGCGAUAUUGAUGGAGACGGACGGUGUGAGCUUGUCGUUGGCUACACGGACCGCGUGGUCCGAGCGUUUCGUUGGGAGGAACCUUCAGAUGCUUCAGACGUGAGCGCUGGUCAGCUGGUCCUGUUGAAAAAAUGGCUUCUGGAGGGUCAGGUUGACAGUCUUUCAGUAAACCCAAGUCCAGAAGGUCUACCUGAGCUCAUGGUGUCCCAGCCUGGCUGUGGAUAUGCCAUACUAACCUGCUCUUGGACACAAGAGGGCGCUGCAGGAUCUGCCGAUGACAACACAGCCACUCCUACUAGGGAAGGUUCCUCCAGAGAUGUUGUCCUUCGUCUUACAACCGGACGCAUUCAUAACAAGAACGUGUCCACUCAUCUGAUAGGCAGCAUUAGCAGAGGUUCUAAGGAGGAUUCAUCUAAAGGUGGCCUGUUUGCUCUUUGCACUCUGGAUGGAACACUGAAGCUGAUGGACAGCUCUGAGAAGCUCUUGUGGUCUGUACAGGUCGACCACCAGCUCUUUGCCCUCCAGAAGCUGGACAUUACUGGUGAUGGGAGAGAAGAGGUGGUGGCCUGUGCCUGGGACGGCCAGACAUACAUCAUCGAUCAUAGACGUACGGUGGUCCGCUUCCAGUUUGAUGAAAAUGUAAAUGCAUUCGUUGCAGGACAGUAUGCAUGUAAGGAGGGAAGAAACAGCCCGUGCCUGGUCUACGUGAGCUUUAAUCAUAAGAUCUAUGUAUACUGGAGGGUGGAGCUGGAGCAGAUGGAGCCCACCAACCUGUUGAGUGUACUAGAGGAGAGGCCCGAGUACACAGCCCUGGUGCACAACCUAGGAGUAGAUAUCAGUGACACUGUGGCCGUUCGGAAACUCAUUGGAGAUGUGCUCUACAGGAACAUACAGAAACAUGAAAGCAUACAAUGACUCAAACUUGGCUUCUCUGUAAAUAGUCUGUUAAUAAAACAACUUCCAAAUAUU